AAGAGUAUAGUGUACAUAUUGUUAGCAUUUGAUGGUGUAGUUAAAUAUUGCCCCCAACUUUAAAAUGUCCAACAAUAUCUAAAAUGAAUUAAGUGUUUCUCCUUCUCUUUUCUUGAAAGCAAUUAAAAAGAGGUUAUUUACAAAAUCAUGAAACUUUUUACUUUAAUCCUCACAUUCUCCAUAAUUGUUGAUUUAUCGCAAGCAACACCAACUUUGAUCACUCAACAUACAAUUCAAACCAACCAAUCUUCCACGCUUAACAGUAUCGAGCGAGAAGGUGAUACAUGCAAUUACAAGAUCACCAUAAAAACAAGUUGCUAUUCUCCACCAUCUACAACCGAUCAAAUCGAUUUGUUAUUUGCAGACGCUCAUGGCACUGAGGUUUUUGUUCCAAGAUUGGAUGGUCGUGCUUCUGGGACGUUCGAUCAAUGCACGACAAGUAUAUUUAACAUAAGAGGAAAAGCUUGUGUCGAUGAAAUCUGCAAAGUGUAUGUAUAUAGACGUGGAUCAAAUGGUUGGAUACCAAAGACUGUUACUGUAAAUGACUAUAUUAACCCUCCUCUCACAAUUUACCUCAACGUUUAUAUUCCUAAUGAUGGUGCUGGCUAUGGCCACAACUUUUGUGGAAAAAUUUAGUUUUCAUAUUAGGACUAUUUCUUUGUUUUCUUUAAUAAAGAUAAGCUUAUUGUGUUUCAUAAAGAAUUAUAUGUAUGGAGGUUAGUCUUGAAAUAAGCUUGCUUCUAAUAAGUGUUUUAUGCACUACUUAAGUAAGAAAUAUUUAAUGAUAAAAGAUGAAUGAUUAAGUUGGGAUGUUUCUA